GUCACUUGAAGCUUGUUGUCAUGAAAAAUUAUAAUAUCCUACAGAAGCUGUGUAAAAGAAUAUUCUAUGUAGGUUUUGGUAAUUUAUGGUUUGAAAAUGGAGUUUUAGGAGAUGAAAACAGUAUUCCAUAUAGAAUAUACUUUUAUAUUUCAUUCUCAUUGUACGGAUUCUUGACUUUAUUAGAAGUAAUGGCCGCACUUUUUGCUGAUUUCCCGGAAGACGAGAAAAGAGAUUCGGUGACUUUUUCAGUUGCCCAUACUAUUGUAAUGAUAAAGAUGUUCUCCAUUAUAGUAAACAAAAAAAACAUUAAAAAAUUGAUAAGUGAUAUAAUUGCGGUAUGUGAGACACACGAAGAAGAGUCUUUGAUGAAUGAAAAAUAUAAAGUCAUGAAAAUAAAUGUCAUCGCUUACUUCUUCACUUGUUAUUCUUCGGCUGCUUGUUUUGUGUUUGAAGGCUUGAGAAAAAUGUAUGAAGGUAACCAUUUUGUUACUGUGGUAACAUACUAUCCUGCGUUUGAAGACAACUCUGCAAUGGCUACAGCUACAAGAUUUAUAACAACAAUUAUUUUAUUCAUCAUGUUAAUGGCCAUGAUCAUAUCAGUUGAUGGCUUUACUAUGGUUAUUUUGAUAAUGUUCAAAUAUAAAUUAAUAACCCUUAGGAAUUACUUCGAUAAAUUAAGGAAAGACACCGAGAUACUUCAUCAAAGCAGUGACCCUCAAUUAGCUGUUAACCAUCUUGUAAAUGGACUUAUCAAGGGUAUUAUUAUGCACAAAGAAUUAUUAAGAAUAUUAAAAGAGAUAGAUAAAGCAUUCGGAACUGUGGUGGCCUUGCAACUAUGUCAGAGCUCAGGAGGUGCUGUUUCCCUUUUGCUUGGAAUAGCUCUUUCAGAUCAACUGACUCUUGUUGCAAUUAUGAAAAUCAUCUUUUUCGUAGUUGCAUUAUUUUUCCUUUUAGGCCUUUUUCUUUGCAACGCUGGAGAAAUAACGUAUCAGGCAUCCUUACUCUCGGAAUCUAUCUUCUACUGUGGUUGGCAUACAUGCUCCUUGGAAAAUUCACGUGGACGGAAUAUUCGUCGUAUCGUAUUGCAUGCAUGUAUUCAGGCACAGCGACCGCUUGUUAUGAAAGCCUUUAAAAUGAUCGAACUCACAUACGGAACAUUCCUCUGGGUGCUGAGGGGGACGUAUUCUGUUUUUGCUUUGUUUUAUGCACAAAAUAAAUAAUAGUAUAUAUUUUGGAAUUAAAUUGUUGCUUUUUAAAUCCUUAGGUUAGUAAUUUAUGUGCACCUGUAACUGUUAUACUCUACAACAUUGAGACUGUGUUUGUUUAUUUAAUGCUUUAAAAUAGCAAUUUAGAAAUAUAAAGACUCUGUGAAAAAGAAAAAUAUCUUAUCUCUAUACUUAACAAAAUUUGCUU